AUGCGAGUCCAAAAAAAUUUUCCUGGGACAAGAAGAUUUCAUUUUCUUGACACUUCCGUCCGUCUCUAUAAAGCCGCCCUAAAAGGUGACUGGCCAGCUGCAAAGGAAGGACUUGAUAAAUAUCCAGAAGCCGUUACAUAUUCCAUAACAAGACAUGGGGAUAAAGUUCUUCACAUCGCAGCUGCAGCAGAGCACACAGGUUUUUUAAAAGAACUGGUAAAACGAAUGAAUCGGAACGAAUUAGCACUGAAAAAUUUUCAUGAAAAUACGGCCAUUUGCUUCGCUGCUGCAUCAGGACUCGUGCCAAUUGCUGAGGAGUUGGUAAAGAAUAACAAAGAACUGCCAAUGAUCCGUGGCAGUAAAGGAAUGACACCGCUUUGCAUGGCAGUUUUGCAAGGACGUAGAAACAUGGUGGCUUAUCUAUACUCUGUCACUGCUCUUAUACGUUUGACUCCUCUUGAACGCAUUGAUAUCCUGGUUGCUUGUAUUUCCAAUGAUUUGUAUGCUUUGACUAUGAUCAAAUCAAUUGUGCUGCAUGCUUUUACGGACAGAGAUAGCAUUGCUAAUUCUGAAAGAUUAUCCUGA